UUUCAUUUUUGAUCUAGAGACCAUAAACCAGCUAAUAAAGUAUUGAUGAUUGAAUUUAAUAACAUUCAGCUUCUAAUAAAAUUAAUACUUAUGUGUGACCUUAACACUCAUCUUUUUAAUGCUAUUUGCUUGACCAAACCGAUAAGAGUAACAUGUGGUACCACUUCAACUAAUAUUGUAGUUGCGUUGCCUACAACGUCAAAAGUUAUAAGUAUUAGAGAAAAAUGCAUUUAUGUUUCUUUGCUCUGGUUUCUUUCUUUACCUUCACGUUCGGGCUUCCUAAUGGGAUUGAAGUUAAAGUACCUCCACCUAAAUCGGAAUAUUCAGAUUGGUACGAUAUAUUUUAUAAACAAUCUUCAAUUAUUCCAUUGUUUAGGUCAAAAGAAAAGGUGUACUUCAUUGGAAAACAUUUUAGAGUAAAUUUCUUACAAGCUCAUCUUUUCUGUAAAAUUAUGCAUAUGAAUCUUAUGACUAUACAAUCAAAAGAAGAAACCGACGAAAUAAAAACAAUUCUUCAGAAAAAUGGUAUCACUGGCGACUUUUGGACCUCAGCUACCAGAAUGUUCGAUGGAAAAACUUGGAUAUGGAUGUCUACAGCCAAACCUGUCCAAUAUACGAACUGGAGCCCUGGCCACCCCAAUAAUCAAAACGAUCAUUGCAUCCUAGCAAUUAGAACCAGAACUGGUUUAAUUUAUUGGAACAAUAGAAAUUGUAACUGUCGAUCUUUUUUCAUUUGUGAAAAACCAUUUGAUGAAACUGUGCUAUAUGUUUCGAGCAAGCAAGAGUCAGGAAUUAGGAAAUAUUACAGAAAUUACUUUGAUUAAAAGAUAUACUUAAUAAGAUUUCAAAUUUUAGACCAAUGGUGCUAUUCUGUAAAACAUAGUUUUGUAUGACUUUUUAA